AUGCCCGUGCCAAAGAUGAACGCGCUUUUCCAACGAGGGAAGGACGUACGAUCGCAUCAGAAUCCCAGGCCCGUGAUACUCAAGGAGCUGCUCUUCUCAGUCGACCAAGAAGUCCUGCGGAACUUGGGCAUCCUGCAGCCGCUUCAAAACUAUGCCUUUACGCCAGCGGAGAUCGCACUGUGGAAUGUGGCAACCCAAGAAACCAACAAUAAUUUCACCAACGAUGGGAACUGCGGUCGAAUAGGCAAACCGGGGCGCAAAGCGGUCAGGGAUCCCAACAAACCGUUCCAGUGUAACGUGUGCGAGUACUCUUCCAAAUCAAAAUCCAACUUCACCAUACACAUGAGGAUCCAUACAGGCGAGAAACCUUUCGCCUGCAGCGAAUGCGACUACAGAACAUCCCAGAAAGGGAAUCUCCGAAUCCACAAGGAGCGCCGACAUGGGAUCACGAGAGACCUUCGACUGAGCCUUCCGGCGACUCUCUCGGAUUCCGAUUUGAAAAUGCAACCAUGA